UACAAUUCUGACUGACUGUGGAGUUUUUAUUCAGAAAUUAUGACCGGAACUUGAUCAUAUUUUUUUUGUCUGACUUGUCAAAAGUGAAAGUAAAAAUGAUCGUGUGGAGUUGAAGGGGAAAACCAUCGAUAUACGCACUGCUUUUUCCCGUCUGAUACACGCAGAGAGAAACUCCUGAAAGCAGAGAAACACAAAAGAAAUACAAACAUGACGGACUUCUCUACAAUUUACAAACUCUCUCUGGUUGCUGUUGCCUGCUUCGUCCAAGCCUGCAGCAGCAGCAGCAGCUGUCCCGUGGUGGACUGCUGGUUUGUGCAGGAGAAAGCGGGUCGAGGAGGAGGUCUAACUGCACCCACGACUCAGGAGAAAUCCCUGCUUUUCAUCGGGACAGAGGCUCACAGUGAGAGUCCCAAAACCCAGCAGGCUCCACCCGACAUCAGCCCUGACAGAGUCUACUUUGUCACCGACCCAGAUGCCACUCUUUGCCACCGUUCUCUCAACCCUCCCAAAGGUUCCAUCAAGAAGCCCCAGUGUGAGAUCAACCCCUUCCAGCCGCAGAUCUCCAGCCUCAAAUGGGCCGCUCCGCUCACAGAGUCCGCCCUCAGCCCCAUAUACCUGCAAGCUGACUGGAUUUCAACAGCCAUUCAAGGGCUCAACAAACAGCUGGGUGUUUCCAGCAUCAUGCGUGCACCCACGGGAUCCAAAGAGCAUGACGUCGUCCUGAGUGUGACAACUAAAACAGUGUCAGUGCAGUCCAGACUUGGGGAACCAGUGCUGCUGGACUGCGGCUUCUGGACAGACCCCACUUCACCUUUGUAUGGGUCUGGUUUCGCUGUCGAGUGGCGCUAUCAGUUCAGAGGAGAUGGACGGCUGGUUCUGGCUUAUGACGGCAAGGCAGACCGCUUGGCUGAUACUCAAGAGGAAGGUGCCACGCUGGACUUUGACAGUUUGCAUGAGAAGGGAAAUGCAUCCCUGAUCCUACAGGAGGCUCAAGUGCGUCACUCUGGGACGUACAUCUGCACAGUGUAUCUGCCUUACCUUCUGGCUCAGGUGGCGGUGGAGCUUGAGAUUGUAGAACCUCCAUCCCUCUCCAUCCACCCCUCCCCUCUGCCCCUUUCUGUUCCCGGCCAGAUUUUGACCGUCCAGUGUGACGCGUCCGGCUUCGCCCCUCUCUCCCUGGAGCUGAGCUGGGAGUUCAAAGACACUGAUGGGAAGUCCAGACCUCUGGGAUCAGGUAGCGUAACGGGCCACAGGCAGGCCUGGGACGGCACGUUUAGCCAGAGCAGCCGACUGGAGCUCGACACAUCCAAGCUGGACCUGGGCAGAGGGGGAGAGGUCACCUGUGUGGCCGUCCAUCCUGGAGGCACACGACGGGCCAGCAUGACCCUCAAUUUCAUUGGGUUCAGCACUCCGUCCAUUGAGGACUCGAUGGCGAUGGUUGGUGUGGCGCUGGUGCUCUACGGUCUUAUCAAGUUUGUCUCUUGGACCUUCACCGGCUCAGGCUCAGAUGAGGCUAAUAAAAAAGACAAGAAAGAGAAGUAAAGAAGAAAGAAGCCAGCUGAUGUGAAACCACAGUACUGAACUUGCUUGCCUUUCUGUUUUGAUAUCUUGGAUAGGGUUUUCACAGUGAAUGUCCACUUGUUAUUGUAGACAGAUGUGUUGUUUUUUUACUGCUUGCAUAGAGAUUAAUCUGUGCAUACUUUUACUAUUGCGUUGUGGUUUUUCACAGAUUCAUUGGGAAGCUUGAUUGUGCUCAUACUCAUUCUGUUCUUGCUCAAAUAGUCAUGAUAUUUCUUUGAUCCUUUCCUCUUUAAAGGGAUAUAGCUGUAAUAUCAUAUUGACCUUCCACUGCAAACAUUAUUUUAUUUAUGUUUUUGUGUCUAAGUGACUUUUGGGGAUAACAAUUUUGAACAGGUUCAGUAAUAACCUGCAAAACAAGCUGCAACUUAAACCAAUGAGACAAUAAGUGCCCGACAGUGUACGUCCACUCAGAGUGCUUAUUUUGUGCCAAUGACAGGCUCAGACUGUUGUGUCAACAUUAUUAUCAGAUUAUAUGUGCCAACAUUAUGAAAAAACAUUUUUUCCUUUUGAUUUUAUCCAGUCUGUUUCUUGUUGUUGUGUCUAACCAUGUUGAAACCCGUGAGAGUUGAGAGGUUGUGAAAAUCAGCUAAAUAUUCAGCUGUGACAGAGUUGGAGAGAGGAGUGCUGGGAGGAGUUUUAUGUGUCUGAGUAGAGAAAGAGUUAUCUUAGUGUUAUCUAAAAGAUUUUCAAAGUUAUGGCUGAAUAUUUGACUGCUUACAAUACCUCAACUCUUGAAGGUUGUUAGAGCGAGACUUGUCUUUGAGCGUGACUCUGUAAGAGAUAGCAACAAACAGACCAGAUCAAGUGAAAUAUAAGAGAAAAAAGUUUUAUUUCAGACACUUAUAAUAACAAUCUGACCCUGUCGGUAGCAAAAGCAGGCACUUUUAGUGGACGUACACUCUCUGACCUCUUUAUUCCGUGCACCUGUGAAAUCUAAUUAAAUCCAAUACAACAGCACCACUUUAAAUUCCACAUUUAUGAAGUUUAUACAUUUUCAGUUUUUGUUAACAUUUUUAGGAAGGUGAUAAUUCUACUUUAUGUUUAUUACUGAGGUCAUAGUGGGUGAUGGUGGUGUUUUAGGGUGCAUUAUAUUGAAUGGCGUUCUUAAUAUUUCCAUUAACAUACAUGACGGGGGCAAAAUAUUAGGAACACCAGUCAAUAUAAUUCACCCCAGUACACCACCAACACUUAGUAUGACCUCAGUAAUAGCAAAAACUGUUGUUCCCAUUAGUCACUUGGGCACACAAUGAUGGGAAAAGAGGGUCCAAGUUGAAAAAUAAAAAGUUUCCCUUGUUAAACUAUCUUGGAAAAGACCCAGAAACUUGUGUUGAAAAAUGAGCUUUAAUAAGGAGGUGUUAAUGCUUUCAUGUGAUGCACCCCUUUAUGUAUAUGAGUGAAGAAAAAAGCAAUAAUGAACUUUGAAGGAAUUGAAAAAGUUUGGCCCAGUGUGGGUGGGUUUAAACAUCUCAGCAUAAAAAAAGAGGUGAAAUAUCUUAUUUUGCUGAUCUUAAAAUGUCCAAACCCACAAACUGAACCCUGUUGUAAAUACAGAGAAUAUAAUGUAUGUACAGUAUAUUCGGACAUUUUUCUUAUACGUGUAUUGUGAGGAUAUUCACAUCACAUGUUGGUUUAUUUUAUUUGUUGCUCUAUUUUAUUUUCGUGUUGUCCAAACUGUGGUAGGAAUGAUGCUCUCACUAAGAUCUUCAUUUGGGCUGUUGUGAAGGAGGAAAUGUGAAGGUCAUGGUACAAAGAGAGAACACAAUUUCACUAGGAGAAAAUCCAAAAGAUGUGUUAGAGUUUGAAAACCAUAAUUGACUACUGCUUUUUUAGGGAAAUAAAAUGUUUUUCUUAAAGUAUGCUGCCAGUUUCCUGUUUGUAAUUGAGUGUCUUGUUCAUCACAACUGUGAAUCACAUUGAUAAAAUCAUGUGAAAACACUCACAUGAACAUUUAUGAUGGGAUCAUCAUGAGGAGGAAACAGGAGUAUUUUCACAGACUGUUACGGUUGUGGUAUUUUUUUUCUUGCUGUCAAGUGUGCAGGGAUGACAUUUUGUUUUUAAAAAUAAACCCUUCUUGAUGACCU